AUGCAGACUGCCGAUCCACAGCGGUUCUUUGAGACCGACGCCGCCCAGGAGCAGAGGGAGCGCCGGUCAGCCAAGUCGGCAAACAAGUAUGGCAGCCCCGUAUUGCUCAAGUCCAAGGUCCUGGCCGUUCUCGCCGACCCAACCUCGGCAGCCCACGUUUUUGUGGCAGAGUCAGCUGGAUCCGCCCGGCGCGUGAACGUGCUCGACGAGAGCGACAACGACGUCAAGGCCACGGCCUAUCGCGGCCCAGCGGCGCCAGUUACGUCGCUCGCGCUCGGCGGCCCCGGUGGCAAGACACUCUUUGCGGGGUCUUGGGACAAGACAGUCUGGUCCUUUGAUCGCGAUACGCACCAGCCAGGUAUACGGUACGGCCUGGCCGGCGGUGCCGGUGGCGGUGGCCACACGGACUUUGUCAAAGCUGUCGUGUGUGGGCGCCUGGGCGACCAGGAUGUGCUCAUCAGCGGUGGCGCGGACAAGAAGAUUAUUGUAUGGGAUGUGGUAUCGGGCAAGCGGCUGCACACGCUGCAGGACAGCGGGCCGACAGCCAAGGGCAACCGACAGAGCAUGCUGGCGCUGCAGGAUCUGGCAAUCGACCCCGUGGCAACGACGCGCGACGAGAUCUGGUUGGUCAGCGCGAGCAGCGACCCGCACAUUCGCAGGUGGCGGAUUCGUCUGGACGGCUGGGAGCAGGUGACGGAGGAUGCACAGGACGACGUCAACAACAAGGACGUCACAACAGACCGGCCCAAGAAGACGCUGCUGGCGCACCAGACGACCGUAUACAAGGUCGUGUUUGAGGACCACAACUACAGCGGUGGCGGCGGCGGCGACGACGACGAUGACAACGGUGAGGAUGUCAACCUGUGGACGUCCAGUGGUGACGGCACGGCUAAGUGCCUGUCGCGUCAGCACGGCUUCCAGCAUCGUGAGACCGUCGGCAGCGGCAGCAGCACGUUCAACCACGGCGAUCAUGUGCGCGCCGUGGCCGUGACAGAUGCGUGGGUGAUAACGGCCGGGCGCGACGAAGACCUGCAAUAUUGGGACCGCACUGGCGCAGCCGAUGCUACUGACGACCGGGCCACUGUGCGCUACGCUGCGAUCACAGGCCACUUUGACGAAGUGACUGACCUGGUCGUGCUGAGCGACGGACGGCGGCUCUGCAGUGUCAGUCUUGACGGCACGGUGCGGACAUGGCCGCUGGUCAAAGCCGACGUUGAUGCCCUCGUGAAGCAGCAGAAGGAAGACCGUGCGGCUGCAGCAGCUGGGAUUGUCGAUGACGAUGCCGACAAAAAUGCUGAGGAGGGGGGUUUGAUGACGGCUGACGAGGAGGCCGAGCUUGCCGCCCUGAUGGAGGACGACUGA